AUGACCCUCCUUCUCGCCACUCACAAAGCAUGCAAAGCCUGUUGCAUUCAUGAAGUCAUUUUCAAAUAAUUACUGCAAGACCUCCCCAAACAAGUAAACUUCUUGAGAAUUGAAUUAGAAGAUAAUGUCUCCUUCAUAGAACAAUACCAAAUCAAACGAUUUCCAGCCAUCUUUCUGGAAACCAAAUCUGGAGUCAUCUAUCAUUAUAACGACCUGCUUCACUAUGAAACCCUCCUCUCCUUCAUCCACUACUACUUGAAUGGAUUGCAAUUCACCCAAUUUCACUCUCUCCAAGAGAUCGAGUCUGCCAUCAAUAAUUAGCAUAAUUAGCAAUCAUUAUAUGACAUUUAUAUCAUCGGAUUAUUCUAUGAUCAAGUGGAAUACCAUGAUGAAAUCAAACACUUUACUCAACAAUGUAAGAAGCUCUAUAAUUAUAGAAUCAAAUUUGGAUUCUUAAUGUAAAAAUCAGAAAUUAAAAACAUCUAUUCAAAGUUUAACACUUAUUCCCAUAUUUUAAUAUCCAGAUUUCCAAAUCAUUAUUAAUUUGUUGACGAUUUGUUGGCUCAACCAAUUGUGCCAUUAAUCAAUGAAUUGAAGUUUGACAAUUCAAAAUACUAUCUAGGACAUGCACUUAUCGUGAUGGAUUCCAUUUAGGAUAAUCAGAAUUACUUACUCAAAAUACAAAAGAUCGCACUCUAAUUACCCUCUCUAAGAUUCGCUUGGAUUGAUGGAAAUUUGAAUGAAGAUCGAUUGUAGAUGUUGGGAAUAGAGAAAUUCGAUCAAGAAAUCAAACUGACAAUCUUCAACUUGGAUUCAAAUGCUAAUGCCAUCUACAAUGGAGAUUUGCAUAAUCUCACUACCAUAUUCACUUUCUAUAAAGACUUCCUCUCCAUGGACUCCAAACAUUUUCACUAAAAAUACUCAUUCAUCAAAAAGGAGUAAAACAAAUCUCCCUCGCAACCCUACAUUUAAUACAAUGAAAAUACUCUCAUCAUUCUGAUACCGCAAUAUGAUGAACAUCAUACCAAAAUAAUCAAAUAGUUACAAUAAGUAAACAAGAAGUUUCAUAAUCAAUUUCAUCCAACCAAUUCAAAUUAAUUUAUUAUUAUAAUUCUAUCGUUCAUUAGCUGUCCAUCGAAUCACUUGAAACAGCUUUGA